AUGGAGAAAAACAAUGAAACUUCUGGGGGAGAUUUUAUUUUGCUUGGAUUUUCAGACCAGCCACAAUUGGAGGUAAUUCUUUUUGUGGUAGUCUUAAUAUCCUAUCUUCUGACACUUCUGGGCAACACAGCCAUCAUCCUGCUCUCCUAUCUGGACUCCAAACUCCACACUCCUAUGUAUUUCUUUCUUACAAAUCUCUCCUUUCUUGACCUUUGCUUUACUACUAGUGUUGUCCCUCAGUUAUUGUGGAAUCUGAAGGGACCAGCCAAGACCAUCACAGCCACUGGCUGUGUCAUACAACUCUAUGUGUCUCUCUCUUUGGGUUCCACUGAAUGUGUGCUCCUUACUAUCAUGGCAUUUGACCGCUAUGUGGCCGUCUGCAGGCCUCUCAAUUACAUUACUAUCAUGCAUCCAUCAUUUUGCAAGUCCUUAGCAGGAGUAGCAUGGCUGAGUGGAGUAGGAAACACUCUCAUUCAGAGCACCAUCAUCCUUCACCUUCCCCGAUGUGGGCAUCGCCAUCUCCAUCACUUCUUGUGUGAGAUUCCUGCUAUGAUCAAGUUGGCAUGUGUUGACAUUCAUGCAAAUGAAGUCCAGCUCUUUGUGGGCACAUUGGUCCUGAUCCUUCUUCCUAUGGCAUUGAUCUUAGUAUCCUAUGGACUAAUUGUUCAAGCUGUGGUAAAAAUUAAGUCAGUCCAAGCAUGGCGGAAAGCCUUAGGGACAUGUGGCUCCCAUCUAAUAGUGGUGUCUCUCUUUUUUGGGACCAGCUCUGUCAUAUAUAUCCAACCACAGAGAUCCUAUGGCCAUAGCCAGGGCAAGUUUCUCACACUCUUUUAUACAGUUGUGACUCCAACCCUCAAUCCCCUUAUAUAUACUCUGAGGAACAAAGAUGUUAAAGGAGCUCUGAGGAGAUUGCUAAGGAAAGAACAAAAUUUAUAA